AGAGACAUCAUGCGCUCUCUGCUUCCUUUCCUCUACCUGUUCUCGGUCUGGACAAAAGGAGCCAGGCCGGCGGACCCCACCUUGCCCUUCAUGGAGUAUCUGGACCAGAACUAUAUGGUCUGCCUGAAGUGGGGCUUUGAUAACCCGCAAGGAAACAUUACAUUCAAGCUGGUAGUCAACACAACAGGCUGGGUGGGCUUUGGCUUCAGUCCGAACGGAGGCAUGAAGGGGUCAGACAUGGUCAUAGGGGGAGUUGGACCCAGUGGAAUCUACUUCACAGAUAGAUAUGCCACAGGGAACUCCAUGCCCUUGGUAGACGAGCAGCAGAGCUACACUCUCCUCUCUGUGACUGAAAGCGACGGUCAAACCAUCAUGACCUUUCGCAGGUCAAUUCAGUCAUGUGACCGCCAAGACUUCCACAUCACUGAUAAACCCAUUAAACUAAUCUAUGCCUAUGGAAUAACAGAUGAGAUUGCUUACCAUGGGGAUCGUACGGGCACCAAGGAAGUCAACCUGCUGAACUAUAAGCCCAGGACGACCUCAACCAACCUCAACUAUCUCAAUGCAACAGUGGACAAUAUCACUAUCCCUCAGAGUCGUACCUACUACCACUGCAAGGUCAUGCAGUUUCCAAACUUAAAAACAAAACAUCAUAUAUAUCAGAUUGAACCAGUGAUUGAGAACACUGACAUAGUGCAUCACAUGCUGCUGCACCGCUGCCCCACCUUUGUGACGAAGCCCUACGACAAGCCGUGCUUCAUGGGCGACAUGGGGGAUGCCUGCUUCGGGUGUCUAUCUGUGAAUGCUGAGAUUCAUUUUGUUGUCUGUAUUCUUGUGUGUAUAUCCUUGUCAGUGUUGUGCUGGUGCAAGCUAAUCCACAGUUUUUUAUUCCUGAAACCUAAGGCAUAUAAGCUUCCAGAAAAUGUGGGUAUUCCUGUUGGAGGUGAAGACACAUUCUAUCGGCUUGAAAUCCACUACAAUAAUCAAAACAGUAAAGCCGAUAGGACAGACAGCUCAGGAAUGAAACUGCACUAUACAGCCCAACUCCGGCAGCAUGAUGCGGGCAUCCUGACCACGGGUAUGCUGCCACUUGACCAUAUCCACUACAACAUCCCUCCAAAAGCCACUCAAUUCCACACCUACGGCGUGUGUAAUACCACCCUCUUUUCACAGCUUUUGAAUCCUGUGCCUGAAUUGCAAGUGUUCGCUAUGAUACUGCACACUCACUUGGCUGGGAGGAAGGUCAGAGUUGGCCACUACAGAAAUGGAGAGCAGAUAGACUUCUUGGGUUUGGAUGAAAACUUCAACUUUGAGUUUCAGCAGGUCAUCAGUUUGGGAAACAUCAAGACCAUUAAGCAGAGUGAUGAGAUUGCAGUGGAGUGCACCUACAGUACUACCGAUCGCACCAAUGUCACGAUGAUGGGAUUAGCAACUACUGAUGAGAUGUGCUUGGCGUUCCUAUUCUACUACCCUGCAAUCAAGAUCAACACAUGUGUUAGCCACCCAAAUACAAGCAUUUCUAAGGACAAGAAUGACAUAGCUGCACAGGAGAGUUUACUAAAGACACUUCCACAAAUUCAGUACAUCUCUGAUGACAAUACCAACUCAUCAUUUAACUUAUAUGGCACAGUCAGGGAGAUGAUGAAGACACCGACUGACACUUGUGAGAAUAAAAACGCGGCAAGCAGACGCAGCACUUCCUGGAUUAUGAACCCAGCAGGAAUCAUGCUACUGCUACUCUGGAUUGCAAUGAUGUAACGUGGUUGUAUGAGCAAUAGCUCCAAACCAUUGCAAUCUUGAUUUAAAAAAAAAAAAGGCACAGUUGAUAAAAUAUUAUUCUAAUCAACUAGCUAUAUUAAACUUUACAGGACAGGGUGUAUAACAUUUUCUAUGAUUUAUUUUUCUCCAUGCAUAGAACAUCUUUUGUCUUUGGUAUUGAUUAUUAAUCACAGAUUGGGUCAUAGUAUUAGUUACUUUCAAAUGUAUACAUAUACAAAAUUACAUUCAUUAGGGUAGAAGGUUUUAUCCAUAUCGCCUAACAAUUUCUCAUUUAGUCCAUGCAUACGCCAUGGCUAUAUGGCACUAACACUAUAUGCACUUA